AUGGAGACUAAUGGUGAGCGCCGUGAAGAAGAGUGGGCCGAUGAUGAGAUUGCGUGGUCUCGGGUUUCGAAACGUCGGGAUGGAACGCGAGGAAUCAUCGGGGAUAAAUGGGAACGUGGAAAUAAGGAGACCAAUAGACCGGACAAACGGAUAAAUAAAAUCAAUGUACGCCGUGUGCAUAAACAUGGAGAAAUUCCACGCGUUGCUUCCGAAUCAGUGUCGGGCGCUCGUUGCCAGCCAGCCAUUAAUAGCCCGGUGGCCGCGUGGCGUACAAUGUUGGGCUUUGCAGCUCAGCCGGGCUCUCCAGCGCAAAGUGGAGUGGACAGGCGAGGGGAACAACUUGUGAGGAAAGGAGCAGUGAGGAGAAUAGUCAAAAAGGAAGAAGGGGCAGGCGCGGAGGGGGCCAGAGGCCUGGCGGGAGGGGCUGCCCGGCGAGAAGUCGCGGCGCUCAUUACCCGCGGGGCGCGGAGGCGGCAACGACGACCGCCGGAGCAGCCCGAUGAGGCGGCGCGGCCUGCGGGCAGCGGCCGCUCGGCCACGCGCAAGAACGCGCAAUUGCCGCCGCUGCCAGUGACGGGCUUUCCGACAAGAGCCCAGUCGGAGGGGGUGCUUCGUUAUGCCUUUCUUUGAUUCCAGAGCGUUGGCGUAAAAACACGUUUCCCCACUCGUAUUAUGCUUGAGAAGAAACCAGACAUCGAAGGAACAGAUUCACGGCCCAGAACCGAGGCCACUGAGAAACAAAAGCGCCUGGUAAAUGACAAGCGGCCUGACCCGUGCGAUGCUCCUCCUGCCUGGUGGAGCAGCGGCGAGGGCUGGGGCGCGGCGGAAGUGGCCGUCGCCGAGCUGUGUGAAAACUUCCUUGAAGUCACCGAGGGAGCGCAAGUGCGGGAGUGCAGGAGAAGCGGCGAAGUAUCAGCUCGGCCGGCGGUGCCCCCGCUCCGGAAGCGCGGCCGUCGGGCGUCGGCUGUUCCGGGAAGGCCGCCAGGGGGCGAAGGAGAGCAGCGCGAGGAGGAGGAGGGCGUAUUGACGCGGCAAAAAGAGUCUCUGCAGAUCAAUAUCGAUUCGGCUAGCAGCUCCGAGGCCCACGACUGGCUGGCUGGCGGGCGGCGCGGGCGGGCGCCGCGAGUGGGUGAGGAGAUAAGAGCCACCCGAGGAGGCGCGGCGCGGCGCGGCCAGGGCGGGCGACUAGCUCCCAGAGAGGCUGUCACACUAGCAGAUGAAACGCAAUUCCACCGAAGGCUGAGGCCGACCAAGUAA